CGCUGCCGUUUGGCAGUCUGCGUUUUUCGUCUCAGCUGCUGCGCGCGUGUGUUGUGUUGUGGUUGUGUGAAUUGCGUUUGCGUUUGUAGCUGCCUCACAAAAACGAUAAAUUCUCGGCGAAGCUCUCGCUGCUCGGUGCUCGCAAAGUGACCUAGUGAUGAGCUCUGCCACUGAGGCGAACCUGCUGCUGCUGCGGGCGGUGGAGAAGCAGCCGCCGCUCUACGAUCGCGGUGAUGAAAACUACAGGAAGCGCCUGCCGAGCGAGAACUCCUGGGACAUGGUGGCCUCAGAAAUCGGAGAGUCGGUGGAAAAGUGCAAGCGACGCUGGCGUCAUCUGCGGAACGAUUAUACCCGGUGGUGCAACGCGGAUGCCCACCGCCGUCGAAAGGGUCAGCGUCGAUUGGUCUAUCCGCUGGCCGAUGAGCUGCGCUUUUUGGACCGCCACCUCAACCUGGCCGAGGACCUUGCGGUCGACGACGAACGCAGCAUAUCGUCGGACAAGGACCGAGACAGAGAUAGCAACAGGGACAGCGAGAGCAGGGAUCACCUCCAGCACCAACACCGGGUACCCUCAAAAGAUCGCGCCGCCUCGGUGAGCAAGUCAGUCAAGGAGGUAAAGCUGAUCAGAAAAGUCCGAGAAGAGAAAACGCUUCGAUCAGAGGAGAAAACUGCAGAAGAUGAGGAGCAUGCAGAGGACAAGUCUCCUGAAGAAGAGCUAGAUGAUCCGGAAGAACCGGAGAAGGUUCCCGAACAGGACAGUUACCUGCAAUCGGACAAUGAAGGCGACGAGUGUGUGGACGAAGAGCACCUAGAUGAUCUGGAAGGCUUUGAUUUCGACAUUGAGCAAUCAAUUCAGGAAAAAGAAUCAACUCCCGAGAAGUCUCUGGAAACGGAUCACGCUGAUUCACCCGCCAGCCAGUCUGAGUUCUUUAUCAAAGAAACUAACGACCCCCGUUUGCUGAUUAUUGGCAAAAAGAACCAGUCCGCAUCGGUUGACGAGGACGAGGACGGAGACUCCCAUACCGGGGAUCCCCUGGAGGAGGCCACGGAGGAAGCCAUGGAGAAUAGUGGCGAGGAAUAUGCCGAGUCCGGGUAUGGGGAAAAGCGGGCACCACGAGGCGACGACACCACUUCUCCUGGUCGCCGCCGACGUCGUUUAGUCCGCACGUCAAUAAGUUCCGCUGGCAUCAAGGAGUUGCCGAUUCAAAAACCUCUUCAAGGACAACGAAUCACACGAUUGCAGCGUCGGAAAUCGAUGAGUGUGGCCGCUACGCACAGUGUUAGGAGUUCCACAUCGCCGGUGAAGAUGACACCGGUGCCCAGAUCCCAGCCGUACAACAAGCCACCCGCUAGUCAAGUCCAGAUCAAGAAAGUGGGCGUUCGGGAAGACAUCUUUCCACGACCGACGACGCCAGCUGGAGGGCAAAGCCAAUCCAAGACCCCACAGCCACAGAAAUCGCUGAUCUUUCCCAAGAACGAUUCAGUGGUCGCCAUCCCGCAGUUGCCCGCGCCACCUAGAAGAUCCGUGGGCAGGCCACCAAAGAAGCCUUAUUUGGUCCAGCGGCUGGUGGAUCCGCAGCCCAGGCCACAUUCGCCCAAAGUGUUGACUAUAACCAACCCCAGCAACUCCCCCGCGAACGGUAGCAGCAACAGCGGCAACGUUACAACUAAGAACAGCGCCAGCAGCAGUUCGAGCAGCAGCAACGCUACCACCAAAGUUACUACCAGCAACAGCCUCAAAACCGAAAACAUAACCGUGAUGAGCUACAGCCCCAGCUCGACUACCACCACAAGUCCCAGUGCCUCUGGUACAGUGGUAACUGCCAAACCCACUACUAGCUCUGCAGGAUCAUCAGCUUCGGUGCCGCCAUAUGUCACCGUUUGCAAACACGGUGAGCGCGGCACUCAAACCGACAAACCAAGUGUCUUCUCCGACGAGCAUUUCCUUGAAAUGAUCAAGCCCCAAAUGCAGGAGAUGAACUCCCGCCAAAAAAUGCACUUUAAGAAAAAAGUAUUCCAAGCGCUGAUGGAGACCUUCGAUGAUGCUACCGAUUUCCCAACGGCUGGAGAAAUGCAGCACUUCAAUAUCAACACACCCUCUGGCUUCGAGCACGUUUCGGAUCCGGAAAUGCGGCUGGUUAGAGAGCUAGUUAGUAUGGUUAGCGCGGCAAAGGUGACUGUAAUUAGACCGCAAGGCGACAAUGCACCUGCCGCUGUCCGCAACCCAGGCGUUUCCGAUGCACUGCGUGCGCCGCGCCCAAAUAUGCCGCGUCAAGUGAUUCAGAGAGUUUACAAGCAAGGAUCUGGACUUGAGAUAGCCUCGAACAACGCGGCCGGCGCGGGACAAGAGAAGAAGCUGUACAGGAUCCUGCAGAUGAGCGGAAAACCGAACGGCAACCUGAGUGCCUCGUUGGACAAUCUCCGCAAAGAGAGCGUGGACAGUACCCACGGUACAUUACGAGUGACCAACAACUCCUCAAGCGCCAGUCCCAAGGGAGCUACCAUAGUGGCUGCCGUGAGACCGCAGGGAUCGGCGAUCAACACGUUCUUUGGGCCAACCAACGGAACACAGCCUGUCAAGAGCGGCCCGCCGGUCAAGGUGCGUGCCAUGUCUCGGAGGUACUCCGUUUGCGGCAGCAGCAAUCCACCCAACGCUCAAGCCGCCAGCCAAAAUCCCGCCACUACUGGCAGUUCUUUGAACUCCAAUCUAAACCCAAUGGAGGCUGCCCUGCUUAAGCGGCGAUUAAUGGCACCUGCCCAAGGAAUGGUGCCGCCUUCUCAGCGACCUCGCUAUUCUGCUGGACAAUUGACGGGCGUUCCACAAGGCGGUAGUUUGCUGGUCAGAAAGUCGAUGGGCAGUGCUCCUGGAGUCCAAAAGCAAAUCUCACCCACCGGCAGAGCUUUGACGCCUCAGAAAACUCCGCAGAUUGCCAGUGUCCAAGGAUCAGUCUUCAAUGAUUUUGUCCAGCCCAAGGCCGCUGCAGCAACCACUGCGUCCGGCGAUGGCAGCUCGCCGAGUUCCGCUCUGAAACGCAGCCUGGUCGUGGCCAACACAAAGACGUCCUUCCAGGAUCUUCUCCAGCCGCCCAGGUUGCAAGGGAAGAAGAAAGACUCCUCCGAGACAGCAGCCACCAUUGCAGCGGAUGAUUUCUCACUGGCCUGCCUGAAGCGAGAGCCAGUGGAUCACAGCGACGAUCAUGACGACAUACUUGGAAUGUAAAUUUAAGCCAAGGGAAUCUCCGAAGAUCGCAAAAAUAAAUAUUAAGAAUCUUAAAGAUUUCACAAAGACAGAAAAAAUCAUCAACUCAAUAAUUGGAAAAUUGUUAAGAUAACCAAAAAACCCAUAAUGUUGCCUAAAACAUUUUUUUUUACAUUUCCCUGUAAUUUUAUGAAAUAUUUUCUCAUUUCCGAUUUUGUUGCUGCAAAAAGUAAACCUGACUUCUGCAAAAUAUUGUUUAUAAUUUGAAAUGGGAAAAAUACCAAUUGUACGAAAAACAUCUUAUAACCGAUCAUUAAAAUAUUCCUAUUGUAGCCAUAGACUUGUUUUUAAGAGAAUUCGAAUCUAAAUUUCAUUUAACCAUUUGUAAUAAUAUUAAAUCAAUAAAUAUUGCCGUUUUCAAGUUCAAAGAAA